AUGAUAUUAUAUUUAUUAAAUAAAAAUUUAUAUAUAUAUAUAUUAAAAUAUAUAUAUGGAUUAAAUUUAUAUAAAAUUAAUUUAUUAUUAAGUGUAAAUAAUGUAAAUAUUUUUAAUAUUUAUAAUAAUAAAAUAAAAAUUAAAUUAAGUUUAUAUAGAUUAAAUAUAUAUUUACAUAAAAUUUUAAAAAUAAAAAAAAAUAAUAUAAUUAUUAAUAAAAUAAAAAAAUUUAAUAUAAAAAAAUGA